GAGAAUCAAACGGUCAGAAUUCAGACAUCAUACUUUGAUUUUCUCUCUAAUUCCAGGCUUUCCAGCUUCAUUCUUUGACCGCCGUGUUCUCUCUUCUUCAGUUCUGCCCACGAGAAGAGCCAUUCAGAUACCUCCCAUCUAUGGCUUCCUCUGCAAUUGCUUCAAGCUCAACUUAUUUAUUCAAAAAGAAAGAAGUGGGUCUAUCUUCUUUUACUUCACUUCCGCUCUACAUUCAGAAAUGCAAGAGAAAGGGUUCUACGAAAGUUGUCGCAGUCAUGGCGCCUCCCCAAUCACAGAGGCCACCUUCGACCACUGGCUCGGUGAAAAACGCCAUGACAAUGACAGAGAAGAUCUUAGCUAGGGCAUCCGAGAAGACCCAAUUGAGCUCAGGAGAGAAUAUCUGGGUUAAUGUGGAUGUCUUGAUGACACAUGAUGUCUGUGGGCCGGGGACGAUCGGAAUCUUCAAAAGAGAGUUUGGCGAGGAUGCGAAGGUUUGGGAUCGUGAAAAGAUUGUCAUUAUACCUGACCAUUAUAUAUUCACUAGUGAUGAACGUGCAAAUCGUAAUGUGGAUAUCUUGAGGGAUUUCUGCUUGGAGCAAAAUAUCAAGUACUUCUAUGACAUCAAGGAUCUCAGUAACUUCAAGGUGAAUCCAGAUUAUAAAGGUGUAUGCCAUGUAGCUCUUGCACAAGAAGGUCAUUGCAGGCCAGGGGAGGUCCUUCUGGGUACAGACUCCCAUACUUGCAAUGCUGGAGCAUUUGGACAGUUUGCUACUGGAAUUGGCAACACUGAUGCAGGUUUUGUGAUGGGAACUGGGAAACUCCUUCUUAAGGUUCCCCCAACAAUGAGAUUUGUAAUGGAUGGUGAAAUGCCCAAUUAUUUGCUUGCCAAGGACUUAAUUUUGCAAAUUAUUGGUGAAAUAACUGUCUCUGGUGCAACAUAUAAGUCCAUGGAGUUUGUUGGCUCUACAGUUGAAAGCUUAACUAUGGAAGAAAGGAUGACAUUGUGUAACAUGGUUGUGGAAGCUGGGGGAAAGAAUGGUGUUGUUCCUGUUGAUAGUACCACAUAUAAGUACCUUGAGGGUAAGACAUCAGUGGCCUUUGAACCAGUUUACAGUGAUGAGAAUGCAAGAUUUUUAAGUGAGUACAGGUUUGAUGUCUCCAAACUGGAACCUUUGGUGGCAAAGCCUCACUCUCCAGAUAAUCGUGCUUUAGCAAGAGAAUGCAAAGAUGUAAAAAUAGACAGAGUGUAUAUAGGCUCAUGUACUGGUGGAAAGACUGAAGAUUUUAUGUCUGCAGCCAAAGUUUUUCUAGCUUCAGGGAAGAAGGUGAAGGUGCCAACUUUUCUUGUACCAGCUACCCAAAAGGUCUGGAUGGAUGUAUAUAGUCUUCCAGUUCCAGGAUCUGGUGGGAAGACUUGCUCCCAGAUAUUUGAAGAAGCUGGUUGUGAUACACCUGCAAGUCCUAGCUGUGGUGCUUGCUUAGGUGGUCCCAGAGACACUUAUGCACGUAUGAAUGAACCCCAGGUUUGUGUUUCAACAACAAAUAGGAAUUUUCCUGGCAGAAUGGGGCAUAAAGAAGGCCAAAUAUAUCUUGCUUCUCCAUAUACAGCUGCAGCAUCUGCCUUGACUGGCUUUGUUACAGAUCCGAGAGAGUUCUUGCAGUAAUUGACUUAAUGAUAAUAUAUGUUAUAAUCACUGUGCACUACUAAAAUUAUGUCGGACUUCAAAAAAAAUAAUUUUUUUUUGGGGGGCU